AAACAGCGGGUUCUACAUGUCGUCAGAACUCAGAUACACCGCGAACACUCAGCUUGAGCACUUGCAUGCUCGGUACACUGGCACAGGUCACGCUGAUAUAACUAAAUACGAAUGGCUCACGCACCAGCACCGUGACACGCUCGCCUCAAUUGUCGGCCAUCCAACUCUCACUUCCUACCUCGCCAUCGCCGACAACGAGUCUAUCGGCCGAGUCAAGUUUGAGAUGACCGAGCGUAUGCUACAACCGUGCGGCCCUCCUCCUGCAAAGGAUGAAGACUAGUCAGCGGAGCGCAGCUCUGUUUUAUCCGAUGCAAGUACUGUCUUCUCUGCAGCUCUAAGCAUGUAGCUCGUCAGCGUGUAUCCACUAUAAUUAGAUAAUAUAUCUGCCACAGGCGGUCUACGGUAUAUGCGUACAGUUAAGUUACAGUGAAUGGAUGUAAGUGAAUGCAGUCAGAGUGUGCGAUAGUACGAUUGAUGACAACAUAUCCCGAACGAAUGAAAGUCCCAAAGUUCUAUGAGUAUUAUUAGCAUGUCUUCUUCA